AUGGAGUCGGAAAACUCGCCGGGGUCGCGGGUCGUGGCGCCGCUUUGCGAAGCGGACAACCAGCCGGUUGAAGCCCCGCAACUUUUGGCGUGCGAGUGGGCCGAGGAGGGCGGCGGCGGCGGCGCAGUUGACGCCCCACCGGAGAGGCGAAGGAAGCCUGACGUCGGCGACGACGACUACAAGUGGCCGAAAAUGCUUGCCGUGCAGUUCUCGCCGUGUUUCACUAAAUUUUCAUGGGACCCGUACGCCCCGGUCAUCAAGUCCACCGACGUGGAUCGUGUGCGGAACUGGUACAAGCGCACCACCAUCCCUUUCUCCGAUCUUUCGUUGGAGAAGCAGAAGCACGAGUUGCAGGAAUGGAAGGAGAAGGAGCGGAGGAAUCUGGGGCACAAUAUUCAGCACCAGCCACCGCCACCACCGCCACCACCGCCGCCCCUACCACCAAAAAAAAAAAAACACCAAAAUCGGAAGCAGAAGCAACAAAGGCAGCAACAGGAACAACAGGAACAACAGCCGCAUUAUUAUCGCCAGAACCGUAUGCCACGGUAUCAGCAGCGGUAUAAUUAUUGGCAGCAGGAACAUCAACAACCGGGGCAGCACAUGAAUCCCCGUUGGAAAGGUCACCAUCAUUAUGACAUCCAACAACGUGAAUUUCAGUUUGUACAGCGGUGCGACAGGCGAGGCUUCUUUCCGACCUACGAAGCUGCGAGCAUUUAUCAUUUGCCUGCAGGCGGUGUCGGCUCUAUGUAUCCAUGA